AUGUGCCGUGAAAAGCACCAUCUGACUAGAGUAGUUAAAGAUGCUAGGCUCAAGUUAGAAGAGCUAGGGACUUUACUUUGUCAAAUUGAGGCAUGUUUGAACUCUCGUCCAUGGACACCGUUUAGUUCUCAUCCACUAGACUUAGAGCCUAUAAUACUAGAGCAUUUUUUAAUUGGUGGACCAUUGCUCCUAGUUUCAGAAGCUGACAUAUCAAAUGAAAAUAUGAGCACAUUACGGAAAUGGAGAUAUGUACAGGCCUUGAUACAGACGUUCUGGAAACGCUGGUCAAGGGAAUAUUUACCACAACUUCAAGUUCAAGGCCGUUGGUUAGAUCAAACCGAACAAAUGGAAAUUGGAGGUAUUGUUAUCAACAAAGAAAAAUGUGCACCACCAGGAAAAUGGAAAAUAUUAAAAAUACUGAAAACUCAUCCGGGAUGUGAUGUAGUUACAUUGAAGACAUCAAAUGGCAAUGAACUGAAACGACCAGUUGUCAAAUUAUGUAGCUUGUCUAGGUGUUACUGUUUACCACUAGAGGAUAAAGUCCCGAAUUUUUAA